ACGUCAUGUUGUCUUCUGGGAACACACUAUGUUCUCAUCAUUGUCAAACUUCAAAGUGUCAUCCUUUGAUCAACCUCCAUUUUUUACUAAUCCUUCUAUUAAACUAUUUCCUAGUGAUUCUAAUGCAGGUACAUCUGAUGAGCUCUACAAUGCCUCACCACAUGCUCCAACUAGUUCUGUAGAAGAUGAUCUGCCUGCUGGUAAUGCAUUAGAUAAUUUUGAGCCUUCUUUUAUUUCCUUGUCUAUAUCACCUGUUGAUUCUACAAAUGAGCUUGUUGUCCCAUCCUUGAGUCAUCCUACUCGGCAACAAACUAUGCAAGAUGAGUUACAAGCUCUUGAGAACACUCAUACAUGGGAUUUAGUUGAUCUCCUUGCUGAAAAAUCUCUAAUGGGUUGUAAAUGGGUGUACAAGAUUAAAACACAAUGUGAUGGUUCUGUGGAGCAUUAUAAGGCAUGCUUGGUUGCCAAGGGUUUUACACAGGAGUAUGGAAUCAACUAUGAGGAGACAUGUGCUUCAGUUGCUCGUCUUACAUCUGUGCGCAAUUUGCUUGUUAUCGUUGCUAUGUGGAGAUGGAAAUUGUUUAAGAUGGAUGUGAAAAAUGCUUUUCCUAAUGGUGACCUAGAAGAAGAAGUUUAUAUGAAACCACCUCUUGGGCUCAACCAUCCUCCAAAUAAGACUGCUCGGGGUAUGGUCCUUUUACUUCUUUAUGUUGAUGACAUAAUUAUUACUGGAGAUGAUGUCGCAGGUGUUGAGGAGUUAAAACAAUCUCUCAGUCAAAAAUUUGAGAUGAAAGAUAUUGGUGUUCUGAGCUAUUUUUUGGGGCUUGAAGUGAUCUCUUCAGAUGAUGGCUACUUGCAUUCUCAAGUAAAGUAUGCCUCCGAUUUUGUGUCUAAAACUGAACUCAAUGAUGGUAAGAGUGUUUCUACACCUCUUGAACCUAAUGUCAAGCUUACACCUAUGGAUGGCUCUCCACUUUCUGAUCUUACUCGUUAUCGGCAAUUGGUUGGUAGUCUGGUUUAUCUUACUACGACACGCCCUGAUAUAGCAUAUGCAGUUCACAUUGUUAGUCAAUUUAUGGCUGCUCUUCGCUCCACUCAUUAUGCGACAGUACUUCGCAUUAUUCGCUAUGUUAAGCGAACAUUAUUUCAUGGACUCCUUUUUUCUGCCAACUCCUCCCCUGUGCUUCGCGCUUACUCUGAUGCUGAUUGGGCUGGUGAUCCUUCUGAUCGUAGAUCUACCACUGGUUACUAUCUUUUCCUUGGUAAUUCUCUUAUCUCUUGGCCAAGUAAGACACAAACUAUUCCAUCUCGCUCUAAUACUGAAGCUGGGUAUAGAGCUCUCGGGGAUACCACAUCAGAACUUCUUUCAUUGCGGUGGCUUCUUGAAGAUAUGGGCAUUCCUCAACCUUCUUCUACUGAUUUAUAUUGUGAUAAUCAAAGAGCUAUGCAAAUUGAUCAUAAUGAUGUCUUUCAUGAACGCACUAAAAACAUUGAGAUUGAUUGUCACUUUAUUCGCCAUCAUGUUGCACAAAGAACUGUUCAUUUGGUUUUCAUUGGUUUCGCUGAUCAACUGGCAUAUCUCUUUACCAAGGCUCAUUUUCCUGAACGCUUUCGUACUCUUCUUUCCAAACUCAAGUUGGUUUCAUCACAACCACCUUCAGUUUGAGUGGGAUGUUAAGAUGCGAACACAAUUAUAUUCAGAAUUAUUGUAAAUAUCUUAUACUUUAGAAUAUUCUCUUUAUAUACUUUAUACUUUAGAAUAUUCUCUUUGUAAAUAUCUAUAUAUAAAUCAUUGUACAUACAGUAUGAUUCAAGAAAGCAAUAAACCUUUCUUCAAAUU